AUGGAUGAAAAAUUACAAAAUGCAGCAUGUCAUUCUGGGAAAAAACGCAAGAGAGAGGUUGAAGAUUGGAGGAAUAAUGUUGAAAACAUUAGAGAAGAGUUUGAAACCUUGGAACAACAAGUACAACAAAGCCGCAGUAUUUAUCAUGUUUUCAACCGACAAAAGUUGGCUGAACAGCUUGAAAAAAUGACUAAGGAAGCAACGGAACUUGUUGAACAAAGUGAUUUUCCUGGCGGGCUUUCUCUUGAGGUUGAUGAGAGUAUUGACCAGUUAUUGUUAACACACGAACCAAUUGACCAAGCAUUUCAGCGAAAUUUAGAUGACAUUUGUAUGUCAUUAAUGGAUGUCAAAGUCACAAGCAUAAGCAUUGGCAUUUAUGGAAUGGGGGGAGUAGGCAAAACGACUCUGGCAAAGCGUGUCCAUGAUAAGCUAAAAGAAUCCACAUUCUCAGGUGAUGUUUAUUGGGUCACCGUCUCCCAAGAGUUCAGCAUUGACAAAUUGCAAAGUGACAUGGCCGAAGCAUUGAAUCUACAUUUUUCAUGUGGCAGUGAUAAGACAAAAAGGGCAGCUCAACUGUUCCAGGCAUUCAAGAAAAGGGAGAGAUUCGUACUUAUACUGGAUGAUGUUUGGCAAUGGAUUAACGCAGAGAAAAUAGGAAUUCCUUUAAAAGGGGAUGGAUGCAAGUUGGUCGUAACAAGUCGAUCAGAAGAUAUUUGUCGACGUAUGAGCUGCAAGAAGAUUAUCAAAGUGAACACACUUCCCGAGCCUGAAGCUUUGGACCUAUUCUUUAAGACACUUGAUCGUGAUGAACUAUCUGUGGAAGUAAAAGAGAUUUGCAAGAAAAUGGUAUAUAGAUGUGAUGGUUUGCCACUUGCAGUCAUCACGUUGGCUGGAAGCGUGAGAGGCGUGACUGACAUUCGUGAAUGGAGAGAUGCAUUAAAAGGACUUGAAGAAUCAUGUUUGGGACGAGACGACAUGGAAAAUGAGGUUUUUCCAAUUCUUUCGUAUAGUUAUCAUCGGUUAAGAGAUCCAAAGCUAAAAAGUUGUUUUUUGCACUGCUCCUUGUAUCCUGAAGAUUAUCCUAUUUCAAAAGCAGAUUUGAUUGAAUAUUUCAUUUCAGAAGAGCUGAUGGGGAGAAGAUUAAGCAUGCAUGAAGAGGUCGACCAGGGUCAUGCAAUACUAAAUCAAUUGGAGAGAGCCUGCUUAUUGGAAAGAUAUUCAGAUGGACAUUUAAAGAUGCAUGAUUUAAUCAGAGACAUGGCAAUACGGAUCACUCAAGAUAACCCAAGGUACAUGGUAAAAGCUGGACUUCACUUAGAGGAAUUACCAGAGGAGAAAGAGUGGACAGAAGAUUUGGAUAAGGUUUCCUUGAUGAGAAACAAAAUAAGUGAAAUUUCACCUGGCACGUCACCCAAGUGUCCAAGACUUUCCACCUUGAUCUUGAGAGGAAAUCCUCUGUGGCUGAUUCCAGAAUGUUUCUUUAAGCAUAUGUGUGGGUUACGCACUCUCGAUUUAAGUGGAACUCAUAUUGAGAGCUUGCCAAAUUCCAUAUCAGACUUGGAGAAACUUAAUGCAUUAUUGCUCACUAGUUGUUAUAAUCUGGUAUCAGUGCCAUCAUUGGAAAAGAUCAAGGAAUUGAGAUAUUUGGACCUCUCGGGUACUCUUAUUGAAGAAGUACCCCAAGGUAUGGAAAGCUUAACCAACCUCAAACACUUAAGCUUUUUUUGUAGUCGCUUAAAGAUGAUACCGACGGGGACUUUGCAUAGACUCACACAUCUUCAGCAACUCAAGUUGCCAUAUAAUUUUGAUGCACCAAUAGAAGAUGUUGAGGCAUUGAAACAGUUGGAAGCAUUUGAAGGCAGGUUAAAUAGCGCACGUGAUUUGAAUCGGCUCAUCAACUCACGACAAAUUGACAAGCAAUUCCUUUUCUACGAUAUUUGUAUAGGUACUGAAAGCUUCUCAUAUAAAAAGGCCAAUUUACGAAAUAAAUAUAUACGCUUUGGAGAGGACAGUCUCAUGGAAUUCUCUUUAGACACGGAUGAGAAUAUGCUGCCACGAGAUAUCGAGGUUUUAUCCUUUUCAAAGAGUGGCUUGAGUGGUUGCUUAUUAGAUGAAUUACCAAGUUUAAAUUAUGCUAGAGAUUUAAAAGAAUGCUGGAUAGAUGAGGAGGAUAAAAUAGAGUGCAUUAUGAGGUUAGAGGAUGAACAACAGUCUAGUACUGGGGUCCCAUUCCAAAGCCUUGAAGAGUUGCGACUGUAUGAGUUGCCAAAUUUAAUUGGUCUCUUCAAGUGGGAAGCAGUUGCACCUUUUCCACCUGGUGCAUUUUCCUCGCUCAAAAGGUUGAGUAUUGUACGUUGUGGUAAAAUCAAGAAGCUUUUCCCUCCGAGUUUGGUACAUAAUUUCCAUAAUCUCGAAUUAUUAUAUGUGAGUUACUGUGAUCAAAUGGAGGAGAUAAUAGAAGACGGCAACAAUGAAGGAGCUGAUAUAACAUUGCCAAUGUUAAAGAGCUUGAUUCUGAUAGGUCUGCCACAACUAAAGAGCAUCUGCAAGGGAAAGAUGAUUUGUGAUUCCAUUCGGUCCAUCUCGUUGAUGGGCAUUGAAAAUAUAAAGAAAUUCCCUUUAAAUUUACCGCUUCUCCAAGGACUACUAUCUCCUCCCCCAUGUCUUGUAAGGAUCAAUAUAUUCCAAACGGAUGAAAAAUGGUGGGAAUCAUUGGAGUGGGACCAGCACAAUGCCAAAAAUGUCCUCCAACCCUUGGUGCAUGAAAGAUUGAUCAAAGUCUAUCCGAACAGUCUCAUGGAAUCCUCUUUAGACACAGAUAAGUAUAUGCUGCCACGAUAUAUUGAGAUUUUAUCCUUUUCAAGAAGUGGCUUGAGUGGUUGCUUAUUAGAUGAUUUUCCAAUGUCGAAUUAUGCCAGAGAUUUAAAAGAAUGCUGGAUACAAAAGGAGGAUAAAAUAGAGUGCAUUAUGAGGUUAGAGAACGAACAACAGUCUAGUACUGGGGUCCCAUUCCAAAGCCUUAAAACGUUGUAUAUGAGUGGCUUGCCAAAUUUAAUUGGUCUCUUCAAGUGGGAAGCAGUUGCACCUCUUCCACCUGGCACAUUUUCCUCGCUCGAAGAGUUGAGUAUUGUACGUUGUGAUAAAAUCAAGAAGCUUUUCCCUCAGAGUUUGGUACAUAAUUUCCAUAACCUCCAAGUCUUGGCUGUCGAGGAUUGUGAACAAAUGGAGGAGAUAAUAGAAGAUGACAACAAUGAAGGAGCUGAUAUCACAUUGCCAAAGUUAAAGGUAUUGGAACUGGAGAAUCUGCCACAACUAAAGAGCAUUUGCAGGGGAAAGAUGAUUUGUGAUUCAAUUGAGUCCAUUUAUUUGGGGGGCAUUGAUAAUGUAAAGGAAUUGCCUUUAAAUUUACCGCUUCUCCACGGACAACUAUCUCCUCCCCCACGUCUUCAAGAAAUCCAAAUACACGUAGACGACGAAGAAUGGUGGGAAUCAUUGGAGUGGGACCAUCACAAUGCCAAAAAUGUCCUUCAACCCUUGGUUAUAACUUACGUAUUCUAA